CCGGCGGGAAGCGGCGGCUCUGCCCCUCCGCCCGCCUCGCCUCCUGCUCUGAUCCUCUGCCCCUCGGCCGCUCUGGGGACGGGGUACGUCCCCUUGCACUUCUCCCCCUCCUUUCUCUUUUCGUCCCCCUUUUUUUGCCUUCCCCCUAUCACCCCCCACCUCCCAUCCAUCCCGUUUCUCCUUUACGGGGGCUCUUCGGCGACGAUGCGGCCGGUCCCGGGCGAGCGGCUCUAACGCGCCCUUCGCCCGAAUGGCCCCGCGGAGCCGCGGGCGGAUGGAGCCGAGCUACGUCGUGGGUAUCUGCUGCCUGGUGCUGCUGGAGCCCGGCCGGGUGUGGAGCGGCGAGAGCAGCACCGGGGCGCCAGGUGAGAGCGGGAACGGCAGCCAGGUACCGGCGGCGGAGACCACGGCCCCGGCGCCCACCGGGGCGGCACCACCGGGUGGGGACCGCUGCCGCGGCUACUACGACGUGAUGGGGCAGUGGGACCCGCCGUUCAACUGCAACGCCGGCAUCUACCAGUACUGCUGCGGGACCUGCGGGUACCGCUUCUGCUGCCAGUUCAAGACCGGGCGGCUGGACCAGAGCGGCUGCUCCAACUAUGACACCCCCAACUGGGUUAACACGGGCCAGCCACCCACCCGGGUGGACGAGACCCCCGAGGACCCCACUCGCGAUAGGACCAACAUGAUCGUCUACAUCAUCUGCGGCGUGGUGGCCAUCAUGGUGCUGGUGGGCAUCUUCACCAAGCUGGGCCUGGAGAAGGCACAAGGUCCCCAGACGGAGAUGACCGUCUCCAGGACGCUGACAGACCUGCUGAAGCAGCCAGGUCACGGCCCCUCCGAGCACAUGGACGGCCUCACAGGGAGUGUGCAGGUCUCGCUGGGUGAGGGUCUUGCCCAUGGUUCCCCCCGGAACAGUGCAGACAAGCCACCCUUGAACAACGCUGUGGCCAUUGCCCCCACACUGGGGCAGCCCCAUGGCCAUGGCAAGCGCCUGCCUCUGACCAGCAGCCUGGGCCUGUCGGCCCCUGCCUACGCUGCCUACACCACCCUCAAGGCUGGAGAGAGCGCCCCCGAGGACUUCUACCUGCGGCUGGGGGCCCCGGAGCCUGCCCCCUCCUGCACUCUGUCCUUCCCGCACGCCGAGGCGCCCGUGCUGCCCGAGGGCUGCCCGCUGCCCAAGGCCAAGCUGCCGGGGGGCCCGGCCUUCCCGGGGGGCUGGGAAGGGGCCGCCCCCCGCGCCCCCCGCCGGCCCGGCCUGCCCCUGGGCGCCGCCACCCCGCUGUACGGGCAGGCACCGCGACACCUGGCCACCAACAGCAAGACCGAGGUCACCGUCUGACGGCGGCACCGCCGGGGACGGGGCUGCCCCUCGGCUGAGCGCCGCUGACAGCUGCACGAACCGGACGUGGCAGCGGAUGUGCCGCCUUCCCGGGAACGGGGCGGGCGGCUGCGCUUCGCCAUCGAGCAGGCACCGUGGGGCAAGGCUCGCAGUCCGAGCAGCAGGGUUCUGCCGUGCCCAGCCUCCCCGGGAAGGGGCCGAGCCGGGGGCACACGGACACUGCGCUGCUCAGGGGACGACGCUGGGCAGGCUACAGCUCCCAGUGAUGGGGGACACGUCCUGCCGGGACCAGGCACCCCCACCCAGCUGCUCCUGUGAGCAAGACGGCAGAGAGCAACAGCCUCAAAGCACUGUCCUGGUGCUGGCAGCAGAGCCAGAGCAGCCCCUUUCCUUCCCCAGCCUCCCCUUACCCACUGCCUCAGCCUCCACCUUGUCAAUAAAUACUACAUUAAAGUGUA